ACAUCCUAAAGCUUUUGCAGUAUUUCUCUAUAGAAUAAGAAAAAUAAAAUAAAAAAAUAAAAUUAAAAAAUACUGCUUUAGCUUUUGGAGUAUCCUCCUUUUAAUCUCAAUACCUAUAAAAACAGAAAAAAAAAACAAAAAAAAAAUGGCACGCCAAUUUGUCGUUUUGGCCCUAUUGGCUUUAACCAUCGCCAGCGUUUUCGCCGCAGACGCUCCCUCAGCUUCCCCCAAAAAAUCUCCAUCACCCACCGCCACACCAACCAAGGCUCCUGCAGCCCCAACCAAGGCUCCUGCAGCUCCAACCAAGGCUCCGGCUGCCGCACCUAAAUCAUCCUCGGCCUCUUCUCCCAAAGCAUCUUCCCCUACUGCUGAAGGACCAGUCCCCGAUGAUGACUACUCUGCCUCCAGUCCUAGUGGCUCCGCCGAGGCACCUACUGUCUCCUCCCCACCGGCUCCCACCCCUGACAGCACCUCCGCUGCUGAUGGACCAAGCGAUGGACCCACUGCGGAGUCACCCAAGAGUGGUGCCGUGACAACCGCUAAGCUCUCCGUUGUCGGCACAAUCGCCGCCGUCGGCUUCUUCUUCUUUUCUUUCUAAGUUAAAUUGUCCACGUUUUGCUUGGAUGGAUCAGAGAUUUGUAUAAUCUUUUGAGUUGAGGCAGUAAAUUUAUUUUAUAUAUACGUUUAUAAAUCGAGAUUAACUGGAGUAAAUAUAAACCUAAAUGUCGUUAUGAAAUUUUGUUAGAACAAAUGUUUCAUAUUUUGUUUAAUAAAAAUUAUUUUUUGGAAA